AUGGCGCAGGGCAUCUCCCUCCUUCUCCUGCCUGCUCUGGCUCCCUCCUCUCCGUCAUCUUCAUUCAGAUCGGCCUAUAAAAUCACAUUUGAGUCCCUACUCCCCAAGCUUGUCCCCGCCGACAAAGAGUCCACCUCUCGUGUAGACAUUGGUCUGGUCUUGUCGUCCCCUUCUUACCCCUUGAGCACUAACACUUCACGCGCCACCGUCUUCCCCCUCGUUCAAACCCUCUUAAAGAAAACGUACAGCCUCAUUUGCUCCGUCGCCGCUCAGAAGGAGAUCGACCUCGAUUUUCCCGGCGGUAUCGACGCGAGGAUAUUCAUCUUGGAAGCUCGGCUGGAUGAACUCCCCGAGAAUAUCGUCGGCAAGCAAUGCCUGUCUGGCCCGAUAAUCGACCUCAAGACAUUUGCCCUCUCCGACCGAUCUUACACGGCUCUAUAUUCCGUCGAGGGCGAGGCUCAAGAAGCUUCCCUCCAGCAAUUGAUCAGAAUCUGGAACUCCAAGUCCAACCCUCCGCCACUACCACCCAUCCACCGCCUCCAGAGUGGUCCAACCAUUGUGCAUCCUGAACCCUCAGAAGCGACUGUUGAAGACGGACCGCUUAUAAUCCACCGUUCCGUCGCUGUAGGGGGUACAUUUGACCACUUGCACAUUGGACACAAACUUCUCCUAACCGCCACGAUUCUGACCGCCGAGCCAGCUCAAUCCUCCAGACCCACCGAGAAAGACUCUCGCUUGAUCACGGUCGGUAUCACCGGGGACGAACUGCUCGUUAACAAAAAGUAUGGCUCCCAUGUCGAACACUGGGAUGUCCGACAACAACGUACUGCGCAGUUCAUCGACUCCAUUCUGGCAUUCUACCCCCGCAAAUCGUCAAGCACAAACCCAACUACUACAGCCACCAACGACAGUCCCUCAACUACUACCGAGUAUAUCGACGAGCCCGGCCCAAAUGGCAAAGUCGUCCGUGUCAAAUACCACUUCCCCAGCUCUAGCUGCCCAACUACAACCAUCGCAAGCGACAAUAACACGGCAGACAUCACGAUAAAUUACACCCAGAUCUCCGACCCGUUCGGGCCCACCAUCACGGACCGGGAUAUCACCGCGCUGGUAAUUUCUGCCGAGACGCGCAGUGGCGGAAAGGCCGUCAACGACAAACGGACAGAAAAGGGCUGGAGAGCACUGCAAGUUUUCGAGGUCGAUGUCUUGGAUGCAGGCGUGGGACUAGACGAUGACGAGGGCGGGGGAGGGAAGGAAGAACAAAAGAAGGGGUUUGAAACUAAAAUCAGCAGUACCGAGAUAAGAAAGAGGCUACAGGAGAGGGAGCCGGCGACGAACCAGUAG